ACAGCGCAUCUGAUGUCUCACGCGUAGCAUCCAAACCCCCCCUCUCUCUCUCUCUCUCCACUUCCAAAACCGCCCAGCUCUUCACAGGCGGCGCCUUGCAGCGAGAUGGAUCUGACGCAGGUGCUGCCGGAGGAAAUACUCGCCGACGUGCUCCACCGCGUCGCGCCGCGCGGCCUUGCCGUGUGCCGCUGCGCCUGCAAGGCCCUGCUCGCCGUCAUCGACGCCCGCCGCCUGCUGCGCGCGGACGUCCUCCCGCUCUCCGUCGGCGGCGUAUUCAUCAAUUUCUACUGCGAACGUGUGUCGGAGUUCUUCGCCAGUCCCUCCACCGGCCCCACCAUCUCCGGCAGAGAGAAAGGAUCUCAUUGAAGGUGGCGAAGAUACAGAAUACAUGGAAUACCUAAAAGAAAACAAAUUAGAGUUAAACUCCGGCAAGGAACAGCUAGUGGAAGAAAAGUUUGAAUGGGACUCCGAAAAUGACAACAUACUUCAUAAGGAAGAUGUGGUUGAUGCUCGUGGCAAUGGAUACUUUGAUAUCCUUGGAUUCCAUCCAUAUAAAGAAAUUGCCUUUCUGGGUGUAUCAAUGUACAGAGGAAUUGCCUAUCAUUUGAAAGAUUCGAAGGUUCAGGACCUUGGCUACUUAUACCCAACAACUUGUCAUUUGGCAUUGCAGAACGAGUGUUUCAUAACCGUGUCAUUCCCAUAUACACCUUGUUUGACAGGGUACCGGUAAGCAAUUAACAAGAAUGUACAAGGGCAUCUUAGAGACUGGUAUGCUGGUUGGAACCCAAUUGUACAAGAAUGUACAAUGGCCCAAUCAUGUUUAAGGCCUUGUUCAUUUUUAUUUAGCACUGGAUUUAUACUUAUCCAAUGAAAUGUCCAUAUUUUCCAUGUCGGUUCUAAGAACAUGUGACGUAACAGUGUAUCAUCAGAAAAUGGAAAGUAUAUCAAAUAUACUUCAUUGCUUUGUUCAACAACGCCAAUGUGUUUCUUUCUUAUGUAUCAUCUAUAUCAGAAACCAAUAUUUCCCUCAGCGGUAUCAUU